CGUGCAGAAAAUGUUGCAGCCAAGCGACCACAGUUACGCAUUGUGUCUGUUACUGGUUUUCAUGACAACGAAGAGAUGUCUGCAGAUGCCUUAUCUAUCAGAGGAUAUGGUCAUUAUCGCUGUGAUGAUUAUCAUCUUGAAAAUGUAGCAGAGGACAACUUGUUCUAUAUUGUUAGUCCUAAGGACAUUGUUCUAGCUAAGCCAAGAGAUAUGGAUGAUCACAUCAGCUGGUUAAUGCAGCAUAGCAAAUAUGAGGAAGCUUUGUCAGCUGUUGAAUUUCAUAGAAAAGAAGUCAAGAAGCACAAUUACCAGGAAAUUGGGCGUGCCUACCUGAAGUCAUUAAUGGACAGUGAAAACUAUGAGCAAGCAGCAAGAAUAUGUGUCAAAGUUCUCGGUGAUGAUAAAAAACUCUGGGAAGAUGAAGUUUACAAGUAUGCAAGAAAGAACCAGCUGAAGGCCAUAGCUCCCUUCAUACCUAGAGGCAAAGUCAAACUCAGCUCAGCCAUUUAUGAGAUGGUUCUUUAUGACUUCCUAAAAACUGAUUACCAGAAAUUUCAGGAUAUGAUCAAGGAAUGGCCAGCUGAGCUGUACAGUAUACAAGCAAUUAUAAGUGCAGUACAGGAACAGCUUGAGAAAGAUCCCAAGAAUCAAGUUUUACUUGAAACACUGGGAGAAAUGUACACAAAACAGAAGAGAUAUGAUAAAAGCCUGGCCAUAUAUUUACAACUUGGUCAUAAAAAUGUCUUCAAUCUCAUUCAUGUACACAACUUAUUCAAGUCCAUCAAAGACAAAAUCGUCAUGCUAAUAGAAUUUCAUCCUUCGAAAGCAAUUAAGAUGUUUCUGGAUAAUACAGAUAAAGUCCCGGUUGACGAUGUUGUACGACAGCUUAGCAAGCGACCAGAACUUCAGCAUAUGUAUUUAGAUACGUUAUUACAAAAAGAUCCUGAAGCUGGGCAAGAUUACCAUGAGCUCCAGGUCGCUUUGUAUGCCGAGUACGAACGUGACCGUCUGCUCCCAUUUCUACGCAAUAGCAACUACUACCCACUACAGAAGGCAUUAGCGGAAUGUGAACAACGGCAUCUUAUUCCAGAGAUGGUCUUCCUUCAUAGUCGAAUGGGAAACAACAAAAAGGCGUUGCAUUUGAUUAUCGAAGAGCURCAAGAUGUGGAAAAGGCCAUUGAAUUUUGUAUGGAGCAAAAUGACGAGGAUUUGUGGGAAGAUCUUAUCAAAUGUUCACUCGAUAAACCAGCCUUUAUCACGUGUCUUCUGCACAACAUUGGUACCCACGUUGAUCCGAUCAARCUUAUCCAGCGUAUACCUGCUGGUAUGAACAUUCCUGGUCUACGAGACUCGCUGGUCAAAAUACUUCAAGAUUAUAAUUUGCAGAUUUCCUUACGUGAAGGGUGCGAGAAAAUCUUGGUGAAAGACAGCGCGUCUCUCAUGCAAAGACUGAACAAAGUGCAGCAGCGAGGCGUUGGUGUUGAUGAUGAGACAACUUGUUCUGGGUGUCGUGCUAAUGUUAUAGCAGAAGAUAGUCGCAAUGCGUCCAACAUCCUUGUGUUCUUUUGCAAGCAUGUCUACCACGAGGACUGUCUUCCUUCUGUUAGAAAUCUUGGACCCUUCUGCCAAAUAUGCACAGGCAAAACGCAAAGAUUACGAACAAUAAAAAGUCGCAGUGGCUCAAUAUAUAAAUAGGAAGAAUUUGCAGAAUAUGUUAGGUAGAGGUAGGGUCAUAUUUCAAUGAAAUGGCAYUUUCUAUUCAGACAGAACUGGSCCAUUUAUAAGGAAAUAAUUACUGAUAUCGAUCGUAACCUAUUGUUUUCCGUCUGUAUUAGACCAACGAAUGCAGACAGAAACAGGUUGGCCAGCUGCAAUAUAAAAAAUAUUGCUGUCUGCUUCAAAACAGACAGCAAUAUUGAAAAUAUUGCAGAAUGGCUUGCAGACAGAGUUUUUUAAGAAAACUACUUAUCAGUCCUUACAAAGACACAGCAUCCAUUUAGAAAUUAUCGUUUUUAGUAUCGAACUUUAUCUCCCAUGCGUGUGGGAUAUUAUGUUCCAUAUACUAAAAAGGCAACGCRUGCUCACAUAGUUUUGAAUUUAUGAUUUUGCAUGUUUUUGUUGUUUUUGUUGAUUUUUAACCGCUACACAAUCUGUUUUGUGACGAUUUAUGAAGUUAUUGUGUUUAGAUAAAUAAAUUCACGACAAAAAACUCUAGUUCGAASUUCGUUUAAACAUUCAUUAUUGGCUAGUAAGCUAGAAAGAAAAAAAAUGGAUUUUUUGAUAAUAUCAGUAAUUAUACUAGAUAAUUUGGCACACAGCAUUCGUAAGUAUAAUGCAGGCAGCUUCGGGCUGCGACCUCAGCUGCCUGCAUUAUACCUACGAAUGCUGCGUGCCUCAGUAAUUAUCUAUUAAAUAGUCUAAUACCUUAUAUUAUUAAUAAUGAGAUUUUCUCUGUGUGUGGUCAGUCAGCUCAGAUAAAUGGAAAGCGGCCAUAAAUCCAUAAUAUCAGAUAAUUAUACGUCGCUGUCUUAAAAAAAAAAACAGGAUUAAAAAGCAGCGAUCUAGAAGUAUAGAUGUCUCAAAUGUCAGGGAAAAGACUGUAUUUUAGUAUCGAUAACAAUACUAGCAGCGAAUAUCAAAAAUUUCGUAAAAAAUUGACAAAUAGCCAGAAAGAAUAUAAAAGCUAAUACAGAAAGUGUAUAUGGUAGGAAAGCGUUAGUUUCUUUUGACAGAACCGAAAACAGAAACGUUUUAUCAAGGAACUGCUAACGAACACUAUGAAAAGUCAUUGUAAAUACAUUAAUCUUUUGUUGACUAGUCGUCAUCAGGGAGAACUGAUGUUUCUACUUCAAAUGUACACCACACCAUAGUUAGUAUGACCACACCCUUUACGUAAUGGAAGGUUUUUUGAAAGUCCUUUCGUAUGCCAGUACUUCUUUUAUUUACUUACGUUUCAGCGUAAGUAAACACUUCGUUUUUGAUGCAAAUUAGAUCGAAACAAGUUUCCUUUUUCAAACAAACAAGGCAGCGUGACGGUUCAGUGGACUCAAAACAAGCUUACUUCCGGACACGCUUAUUACGUUACAAAAACAAUGGUGCGGGGAUUGACGUAAAAUGUUAGGAAUGGGUGUGGUGGUGAUUUUGAAUUUAUUAAGUAUUACUACGUAAUGAUUGAUGGGAAAGUUAUAGAAAUUCAUGUUGGUUUGUACUUAAAGUCGUCAUUCUAWACAAAAUCGCUUUACUGAUUUGAMAGAGAUGAAUCGAAAUUGAAAAGGCUUUAGAGCAACUUUUCCAAUGGCAAUAAAAAGACGCUAGUCUAAUAGAUAUCAAUACAAUAAACAKGGAUGUCAAUCACUAUAAUAUUGUAAUGAAAAUGAUAUGUUUAAAUAAAAUUAUAUGAUAUUUA